AUGAAGCUGCUACACCCUCACUGCUUCCUGCUGACCCUUCUCAGCUUAUGGACAGCUGUUCCUGGAACUCAAGCUGUGUCCACGGGGACGCCAGCCAUCAGUGCAGCCUCCUUCCUGCAGGACCUCAUGCAUCGCUAUGGGGAGGGUGACAGCCUCACCCUGCCGCAGCUAAAGGACCUGCUUGACCACCUGUCGGUGGGAGUGGGCCCGGCCAAUGUCACCCAGCCCCUUCAGGGACCGAGGAACCAGUCCACGUGCUUCAGUUCCGGAGCCCUCUUUGCCGCCCACAACCUCAGCAACCAGUCUCGGAUCGGGCCGAGUGAGUUCCAGGACUUCUGCCCCACCAUCCUCCAGCAGUUGGACUCCAGGGCCUGCUCCUCGGAGAACCAGAAGGAUGAGGAGAACGAGCAGACGGAGGAGGGGAGGCCGAGCAGCGUGGAAGUGUGGGGGUAUGGUCUCCUCUGCGUGACCAUCAUCUCCCUCUGCUCCCUCCUGGGGGCCGUUGUGGUGCCCGUUAUGAAGAAGACCUUUUACAAGCGGCUGCUGCUCUACUUCAUAGCUCUGGCGAUUGGCACCCUCUACUCCAACGCCCUCUUCCAGCUCAUCCCUGAGGCCUUUGGUUUCGACCCUCUGAAGGAUCAUUACGUCUCCAAGUCUGCAGUGGUGUUUGGGGGUUUCUACCUUUUCUUUUUCACAGAGAAGAUCUUGAAAAUGCUUCUUAAGCAGAAAAAUGAGCAUCAUCACGGACACAGCCACUAUGCCUCCGAGGCGCUUCCCUCUAAGAAGGACCAGGAGGAGGGGGUGACGGAAAAGCUGCAGAACGGGGACCUGGACCACAUGAUUCCUCAGCACUGCAGCAGCGAGCUGGACGGCAAGGUGCCCGUGGUGGACCAGAAGGUCAUCGUGGGCUCGCUGUCCGUCCAGGACCUGCAAGCUUCCCAGAGUGCCUGCUAUUGGCUGAAAGGCAUUCGCUACUCCGAUAUUGGCACCCUGGCCUGGAUGAUCACCCUGAGCGAUGGCCUCCACAAUUUCAUCGACGGCCUGGCCAUCGGGGCCUCCUUCACUGUGUCCGUUUUCCAAGGCAUCAGCACCUCGGUGGCCAUUCUCUGUGAGGAGUUCCCACACGAGCUGGGAGACUUCGUCAUCCUGCUCAACGCUGGCAUGAGCCUCCAGCAGGCACUCUUCUUCAACUUCCUUUCUGCCUGCUGCUGUUACGUGGGCAUGGCCUUCGGCAUCCUGGCCGGCAGCCACUUCUCUGCCAACUGGAUCUUCGCGCUGGCCGGAGGAAUGUUCUUAUAUAUCUCUCUGGCUGAUAUGUUCCCUGAGAUGAAUGAAGUCGCCCUGGAGGAUGAGAAGAAGGGCAGCGUUCUGGUCCCCUUUGUCAUCCAGAACCUGGGUCUGUUGACUGGCUUUGCCAUCAUGCUGCUCCUCACCAUGUAUUCAGGACAGAUCCAGAUCGGCUAG